AAACACACUCUGAACCUCCUGGCCACUGAGUGGCUCGGAUCUUAUCUUUUGUUCCACUUAAUCACUGUUGAAAAAAUAUUUGUACUCUCCCCUGCCUUACAUAGGUUUCACUUCUACUGUGGACUCCCCGCAGAGAAGACCUUGCUUUCCAGCUCUGCACCUGGCUUUGGACUGCUGCGGGCUUCUAAGAACCUACCUCCAAGAUGCAGCAAGCACAACCUAUUGUAGUGGUGACUCAGCCCCAGAGGGGCGGCUACCCCCACGGCUCCAACUGGCAGACCGGUCUUCUAGACUGUUGCAGUGACUGUGGAGUCUGCCUCUGUGGGACGUUCUGUACCAUCUGCCUCGCGUGCCAAGUGGCUUCUGACAUGAAUGAAUGCUGCUUGUGCGGUACGAGUGUGGCCAUGAGGACCCUCUACCGGACCAGAUAUGGCAUCCCUGGAUCCAUCUGCAGUGACUUCAUGGUGACUUUCUGUUGUACCGUGUGUUCUCUUUGCCAACUGAAGCGGGACAUUAAUAGGAGGAGGCAAAUGAAUGCUUUCUGAAAAAGCUAAUGAUGCAGUUUGUGUUUCUGAUGAAGCCAAUUGGCAUCAGUUUUAAUGCCUGAAAAAUGUAUUUCUCUAAGUAUUCCUCUAACCCUUGCUCCUAAAUUGCUACGUGCCAUAACAAAGCCGAAUCAUGACGGUAUGCCAGGCCAGGGAAGCUCUUCUCACUUUACAUGAACAUUUAUUCUGGGGACCUUCUCCCAGGAGGCUUUCCUUCUCUGCGGCUUACUGCGACUCUUGUAACAAUGCUUGAUUGGUAAUAUGAGGCUUUUUUUAAAAUGUAAAACAAAUAAAGAGCAUUCAAAAUAAAA